ACGGAAACUUUUAUAAGCACUCCAGUGGCGGCGUGACCAAAACAAAGAUGCACGUGCAACACAGCGAGGAGGCGAGUGUACAAAAAGUCCAACAAAUCAUCAAUCCCGCGAUAUCCCGAUCGCUGCAUCAGCUCCUAAACACCAACGAGAAUGUGAGGAUAGAAAGUGGUGUGAGUUUAGUGCAACAAUUGCUGAAGAAUUCCUCGGAUGAUGAAAAGAGUCAGGAGCACAAGUAUGUACUGAAGAGACUGGUGCGAGGCACUGGCGGUUCAAGCAAUGCGUCGAAGUGUGGAUUUUACACGGCUCUGGUGGGAUACUUGAAUGCCUUCAAGGAGACUGUGGCGCUGGAGGAGAUCUUUGAGGUGCUGGACAGUGAGCUGAAAGUGUCCAAGAAGGCCACGACCAAGGAGAAUGCAGACGCUUACAUUGGUCAUGUUCUUGUCGUGACGGCACUGCAAAAGUGCGGACUGCUGACAGGGAAGAAGAAGAGCCAAAUUUCGAAGGCGCUAGAAUAUGUCUUGGCGGCGUCUCAGCAAAAGACUUAUCACUACAAGCUCUCGUACAACUGCCUGAUUGCCUUCCUGACAAGUCAAACGGAGGAGGAGUUCCGGAAGACGCUUUUGCCUUUCAUGAGGAAUCAUCUAAAGACACCAUGGGAAAGCCAGACGAUGAAUUCUCUGCACUUUCUCAUGGAAGCCCACAGUCGAUUUCCAUCCUUGAUUGACGAGAGCUUUCUGGAGGAGUUUCUGGGCACAAAGCAUAUUCUCGAUGGGCAGAGCUUUGAGAAAAUCUUUGAGCUUUUUUGGAAAGACAAGCCUGAAACGGAAAUUAUGCAGCCGGCCUAUGAUGCCUUGGGAAAACAUGCUGCCAAGUCGAAGAACUUUGGAAAAUUCUGGACCUUUGUCGUCGAGAAGACAGUGGAGCAUCCCAACAGAGCCAAGGAGGUGAUCACAGUGAAACUGGCCACUGAUGCUUUGAAUUGCGAGAAUCUGGGCAAAUCCUUCACAAAGAUCUUCUCGGAGAAGUUCCUGGAAAUGGUGUUUAACUCCCUUCGUCAGACAGGAAGCAAGGAUGAAGUGCUGAAGGCAGUCUAUUUGGAGUUCUUUGAGGCUCUAUUCGAGGCACUGAAGAAGAGGGAAGACAAACAGAUGAUAGUUUUGAAGAAACUAGUGACUCAUCCGGGAACACUUCUUGUGGACAAAUAUCAUUUCGCCAACAAAAUCUUCCACAAAACAAUCGGCAUUAUGAAUGAGGCAAACUUGAAAGAGCUUACGGAAUACCUGAAGAAUGUGGUGAUUGAGAAAGAGGCCAAGAAUGCGGCGAAUGUUGAUGAAAAGUGGCUCAAUUCCGAGAAAAUGACUGCUGUCCAGAUCCUCCAGAGAGUGAUUUCCGCAAGGCCAGUGGCUUUUGACACAGAAUGGAAGCUGAAUCAGGCCAAGUUCAUUCUUAACAUUGCAAUUUUCUACUCCAACGAUGGCGAAACGGUGGUGAAAAAGCCUGAAACUAGCGUCGUGCCUAUUGAACUGGCCAACUACAUGAUGAACCUCUUCUACCACAGCCUGGAGACUUCAUUCUCCACGAUGGAGAGUGGACGUGUGAUUCUCAGUGGAUUAGCGGAUCACUGCAAUACAAUUCUGUCUAGGAAGAAUGCCCAGAAACACCUCAGAAGAGAUUUCAGCGCUGAAAGCCUCAAGAUGUGGGAGGAAAUGUAUGCGACUGUGAGUGACCUGAACAAAAAGGGGGAGAAGUUCCUCGUGUUUCAGGUACUGCUACUGUCCAUGGGUUUGCAGCUGUUCAGGGACGCGGAGAUGGCGGAGAGCUCGCUGAAGGAAUUGCAGAGCUGCGUGGUUCGGGCGGCAGAGAAGAAGAGUAAACUAAAGAGUGCGAGUGAUGAGGAACCCGAGUGGAUUGAAGUACUGAUGGAUUUAAUCCUGCAUCUGCUGUCGCAGGGAUCAAGUGUUCUGAGGAACAUCAUCAAGAAAGUCUUUCCUUCACUCUGUCCAAAGCUCAAUGUCUCAGCAAUCUAUCAGAUUCUCGGACUGCUGGACAUGAAAGAUGGACAGAAUCCGCUGAAAUAUGAAAAUGAACAAGACUCUUCGGAAGAAUCGGACGACGAGGAUGCAGAGGAUGUGCCAAAAGUCAAUGGCAAAGGUGACGAGUCUGGAGAUGAGAGUGAAGAUGAGACGGACGAAGAGGACGAAGUGGAGGAUGAAGGAACAGUUUCUGACAAACUCAGACUUGCCGUUUCAUCUGCUCUGGGCUUUAAGAGUGCUGAUUCUGACCAGGAAUCCGUGAAUCUGGACGACAUGACAGAGGAAGAGGGCCAGAGACUCGAUGAUGCUCUCUCCACGGCCUUCAAAAUGUUCCGCGAAAACAAACCGCAGCGAAAGACGAAGAAGGAUCACCGGGAAGAUACGACUCUCGUGCACUUCCGCAAUCGCCUCAUCGAUCUACUUGUGAUCUACCUGAAGAACAGCCCGGAAUUGAGUGUCACGCUCGAAAUAAUAAUCACUCUAUACGACAUGCUGCCGUACUGCGUGGAUGAGGAGUCAAAGCCACUGCUGGGGAAGAUCGAAGAAGCACUGACGGUGCUGGUUGACGUUAGGAACUUCCGCAAUGACGGAGCUCAGGUGGUUGACAGUGAGAACCUUCUAAAUGCCCUCACGCGACUGUGCCGGAAAAACGAGAAUCCACAAUCGAUGGAGGUGAGGAAUAGCUUUGUUGUGAAGGGAGUGAAGUUUAUCUUGUUCUGCUGCUCUAAAAUCUCCGCUUCGUCCGAGUCGAUUGAGAAGGCGCUGGGAAACUUCCUGGAGGAGUUCAUCAACAGCAGAAAUCCCACACUCAAUUACACCUUCUUCACGAGCCUCUUCAACGGUCCGUGGAAUGGACUGUGGAACCUUUCGGAGAAGAUCACUGGGAACGGCUUGACGACCACAACGAGGGCAUUUCGAAGGAUUCAGUCGUUCGAUCUGCUGUGCAUCUUGUAUAAAAAUCAUCGUGUCAUGCAGCAGAAUGUGGAGAAGGCAUCUGAAGCCACUAAACAUAUAGAAGGAGCUGUGAAUGAUUUUCUGAAAGAGAUAUCCUCUGACUCCGUGUCUCCUAAUGAGUUCAAGAGCCUCACGUCAUUCCUGUGGGAGAUUCAUCGAUGCCACAGACAGUUUCCUGCGCUGAAAUCCACACUGAAGUGGAAAGAGGCCUUAGAGAAGGUUCAAGAAAUCCGCAUGCAUCUUCAACUGGACGCCGCAAUCAUGAACAGCUAUUCAAAGCUCUGCAGCGUGCUGGGAGGAACUGUAGUGAAAAAUACAUCCAUCCAGAAGCCACAACAGGAGGUCAACGGUGUUGCAGAGGAUGAUGAUGAUGAUGAUGAAGCUGAAAUGGAGAGCACAGAAACCAAUGGCAACUCUCCAGUGCGGGGAAAGAAGCGGAAAAUGCAGCAGCAGAAGCUGAAGGCGAAGAAGAGCAAGAAGGAGGCGCGAUUGAAGGCGUCCAAUGAGGGAUUGGGCGACGGCAUCAAUUUCGCCCAGAAAAUUGAAUUGGAUUGAUUCAGAGAAACAAAAAAAUCUUAUUUGUAUUCAUAGGAAAGAAUUCUUGUAAAAUAAAGUUAAGGAAUU